GACAAUUUUUGUCAUGUAAUUUGGAAUCAGUAACAGACUAUAAUUUGAAAGUAAUCUACCCAGCUCUGACAAUGAUAGGAGUACAUUUCUUUCAAAUGAAAUUCACUUAAGACAGUUCUGUGCAUUUUCUUCCUGUCAGCAUUCAAGAUGUUUGCGAAAGCCACUAAGUACCUGGUCUCUGAGAUCGACAAUGAAGGUUCCCUGAUUCCAGUGUCCCGCCUGAAUGACUCUGAUGGUCUGGCUCCUCUGGCCCUGGUCAUCAAGCGUAAUGGCUACUGGUUUUGGCAAGGGUCCAAGUACCUGCCAUCAGACUUCGAACUAAACGAUGUUCUUGUUGGAGAUCCCAUAAAUCCAGUUGUGGUUGAAACAGACUUUUUGACCUAUGAAAGCAAAGUUGUGGAUAAAAAAAGUGGAAGUGCUGCUGCAGAACUUGGGCCGGGGACCGUUAAUGUAGGAGGGGGCGGCUUCAGCACACUUAAUUCAUCGUUUGGAAACUUAAAGAAAGAGGAGGUGGAUAUCCAGAAGCUCUUAAAGGAUUCCAAAUCUAGAGUUCUGGACCUGAAGCACUCUCUGGUCCAGCAGACACGGGAGAAGCAGGGCGAGGUGCUGGCGCUAGUGAAGGAGCGAAUCAUCACCACUCAGCCCUGCACCAUCACUGAGGAUCUCCAGAAAGAUGGAACCUGCGCUGGGAUUUUUUGGUUCAAUAAAACACUAAAGGUGUCAGUCAAUGAUAAAGCAACGCCUUUUGCAAAGUUUGACACUAAUGUGUCCAUCAACAUCCCUCCCAAAACCACCAUUGCUUACAGCGUGAUUGAACUAGAGGUUGCUCACACUGGACACUACGAACUUUGCCUGCUGCCAAAUGUCAAGGGUGGUUUUCCAGUUGAAGGGCCAGUGAAGGUGAAGCAAGCAAGCACAGUUAGUGCAGCACCAGGGAAAACAACCAACAAACUACAGAAAGAUCUGGAAGGCCUCCAGGGACAGUUUGCAGUUCUCUCUAAACUCCCACCCAGCACUCGCUCCUCAUUAUUCCAGCAGAUCUCUCUGCUCCUGCAGGACAGCGCAGCCAUCAGCAAGCUGGAGGACGCACUAGAUGACCUGUGUGAUGGGAAGCAGCCUGAUCCCAGUACAUUAGAGAAGGUGCCUGCUCUGAAGGCCACGCUGGAGCUUGUACAGAAGACUGAUACAAAGCCCUCUGGAAAGAAACUGGAACCCAGCGCUUUAACUGCCAUCUAUCUGCUCAUCAGCUCAUUAGAUGAGAUGAAGGUCUCUGCCCUCUCUGAGCUCAAAUCCUGCUUCAGUUACACAACCCAGAAAGCUCUGCUUCAUCUUGUGCAAAAUAUGACUUUAAAUAAGAAGUCCUCUCUGAAAGAUGCUGCUCUGGCUGCAUUAACCGAUGAGAAAGUUUUCAAGAAGAUAACAUCCCUGUUUGCUUCCUGUAACGUGACACUGCUUAAGGAGAAGGAUUCACUCGUUACAAAAAUCAGCAACCCGGAGGAUCGCAGUCCCCUCAUGCUGUGCAUUGCAGUUCAAGGCUUGGCAUCUCUAGCGCCCCCUGUCUGAAUGGAGUACAACAGCAAAGCCAAAAUACCUGCUGUAAGCGGAGGACCAAAGGGCACUAAAGCCUGUGGGUGGACAAUCUACAAACAAAAAACUGGGACAAAAUUUUUUU